CCGAGGGUGAGGUUUCCUCCCGGGCCGAGCGAGCCCCGGCCGCCCCGCGCGCAGCCCCGGCCGCCCCGCCAGCCUGCCCGCCCGCCCGCCCGCCCGCUCUCUUGCCGGCGCCGGGAAAAUGGAGGCUGUGAUUGAGAAGGAAUGCAGCGCGCUCGGAGGCCUCUUCCAGACCAUCAUCAGCGACAUGAAGGGGAGUUAUCCAGUUUGGGAAGAUUUCAUUAACAAGGCAGGAAAGCUGCAAUCUCAGCUAAGGACAACAGUAGUAGCAGCAGCUGCCUUCUUGGAUGCCUUUCAGAAAGUGGCCGACAUGGCCACCAACACACGUGGUGGUACCAGGGAGAUCGGCUCUGCACUCACCAGGAUGUGCAUGCGACACAGAAGCAUAGAAACCAAGCUCAGGCAGUUUUCGAGUGCUCUCAUUGAUUGUCUGAUCAACCCACUUCAAGAGCAGAUGGAAGAAUGGAAGAAAGUGGCCAACCAGCUGGACAAAGACCACGCAAAAGAAUAUAAGAAAGCUCGCCAAGAGAUAAAAAAGAAGUCCUCAGAUACGCUGAAACUGCAGAAGAAAGCCAAAAAAGUGGACGCUCUGGGGCGAGGGGACAUCCAGCCUCAGUUGGACAGUGCCCUCCAAGAUGUCAACGAUAAAUAUCUCCUAUUGGAAGAGACAGAAAAGCAGGCGGUCCGCAAGGCAUUGAUUGAAGAGCGAGGUCGGUUCUGCACCUUCAUCUCCAUGCUGCGGCCAGUGAUAGAAGAGGAGAUCUCAAUGCUAGGGGAAAUCACCCACCUGCAGACCAUAUCGGAAGAUCUAAAGAGUCUGACCAUGGAUCCUCACAAACUGCCCUCUUCCAGUGAACAGGUGAUCUUGGACUUGAAAGGCUCUGAUUACAGUUGGUCCUAUCAGACGCCUCCCUCUUCCCCCAGCACCACCAUGUCCAGAAAAUCCAGCGUCUGCAGCAGCCUGAACAGUGUCAACAGCAGCGACUCCCGGUCCAGCGGCUCCCACUCGCAUUCCCCCAGCUCACAUUACCGCUACCGCAGCUCCAACCUGGCCCAGCAGGCGCCCGUGCGGCUGUCCAGCGUCUCCUCGCACGACUCAGGAUUCAUAUCCCAGGACGCCUUCCAGUCCAAGUCGCCCUCCCCUAUGCCACCCGAGGGCGCCAACCAGAACUCGUCCAGCUCGGCCUCCUCCGAAGCCUCGGAAACCUGCCAGUCAGUGAGCGAGUGCAGCUCCCCCACCUCUGUCAGCUCAGGCUCCACCAUGGGCGCCUGGGUGUCCACAGAGAAGUUGUCUAAUGGGUUUUCUCACUGUAGUUUAUCAAGUGAGUCCCAUGUGGGGCCUGUGGGUGCGGGCCCUGUCCCCCAUUGCCUGCCUGCCUCCCGUCUGCUCCCUCGGGCCACCUCUCUCCACCUUCCAGACUACGCUCAUUAUUACACCAUUGGGCCCGGCAUGUUCCCGUCAUCUCAGAUCCCUAGCUGGAAGGACUGGGCUAAGCCAGGCCCCUAUGACCAGCCGAUGGUGAAUACCCUCCAGCGGCGCAAGGACAAGCGGGAGCCGGACCCCAGCGGGGGAGGAUCUGCCCCGGCCGGAGGAGGCCCAGCAGCCGCUGCCGAGGAGGCGCAGAGACCACGGAGCAUGACCGUGUCGGCGGCCGCUCGGCCCGGCGAGGAGAUGGAGGCGUGUGAGGAGCUGGCGCUGGCCCUGUCCCGGGGCCUGCAGCUGGACACGCAGAGGAGCAGCCGGGACUCCUUGCAGUGCUCCAGUGGCUACAGCACCCAGACCACCACCCCGUGCUGCUCUGAGGACACCAUUCCCUCCCAAGUUUCAGAUUACGAUUACUUCUCCGUCAGUGGUGACCAGGAGGCAGAGCAGCAGGACUUUGACAAAUCCUCCACCAUUCCAAGAAACAGCGACAUCAGCCAGUCCUACCGGCGGAUGUUCCAGGCCAAGCGCCCCGCCUCCACAGCCGGCCUUCCCACCACGCUGGGACCUGCCGUGGUCACCCCUGGGGUUGCAACCAUUCGACGGACCCCUUCCACCAAGCCUUCUGUCCGCCGGGGGACCAUUGGAGUGGGUCCCAUCCCCAUCAAAACACCAGUGAUCCCCGUCAAAACCCCCACUGUCCCAGACCUGCCGGGGGUACUGCCAACCACACCCGAUGGGCCAGAGGAGCGGGGUGAGCACAGCCCCGAGUCUCCAUCUGUGGGUGGUGGCUCCCCGGGGGCCACCAAGAUUCCCUCGUCCAUGUGGAGUGGGCAAGCCUCCAUCAAUCCUCCACUUCCAGGCCCAAAGCCCAGUAUCCUCGAGGAGCACAGACCGGCAAUUCCGGAGAGCGAGGCCGAGGAUCAAGAGCGCGAUCCCCCGAGUGCCACCGUCUCCCCAGGCCGGAGUCCCGAGAGCGACCCUGCGGACCUGAGCCCCCGAGAUGCUCCUCAAGGAGAAGACAUGCUGAAUGCCAUCCGAAGGGGCGUGAAGCUGAAGAAGACCACCACCAACGACCGCUCGGCCCCGCGCCUCUCCUAGGCUCCCGGGAAAUGCCGCUGCCGCCCCCCGCCCCCAUCGAACUCUUUGAUAAAACAGUUUGUCUUGAUCCAUUCCAAUGUAUAACCAAACAAAACAAAAGGUUUUUGUAGGCAACUCAGAAUUCAGCUCUUUUGAAAAGUACUCCACACCAUUAGAUAAGAAUGAAAAGCAACACAUGUAACUGACAUAAUCCUGAUCCUUGAUUUGUAAAUAUUGACAAUUUUCUUUCUGCACAAUUGAAUCUUAGUUUUCCCUUUGGAUUUUUUUUUUCUGAAGGUGCCAAAUUCCAUUUAACUUUUUUAUAAGUCUUUGUAAAAUUUUAAAUGCAUAUGGUGGGGAGGGGGUGGGGAAGGGAACCACAAAGUAGUUAAUUUCAGAAAAGGAUUACUAUAUACUACUUUUUUUUUCCUCCCUGCAAGCUUUUGUAGAUGCACUGUAGUAGUCUAGUUUAGGAGCAAAAUCAAGUUAUUUUAAUGUACAAACAAAAUGGAUAAGGGAUAAAAAUCCUCGUUGAAAUGUACUAUGUUCUGGAUGGGAAAUGCAGGAGUUAACACUGAUGAGCAAUACUGAGAGAGGUCCGGAAAUGAUAGGUGGUCUGGGAUUGUGGGUGGGGAGGGCUGUGGGAGGGGCACACCGUCAACAUAGCCGAUCCUGUUCCAUUUAAGAGUAGCCUGGUAGGUUGACUUUCUAGUAGCUUCAUGGUAAAUGCAUCCGAAUAAGCCAUACUGGAUUGCAGUGUUUGUUUCCGUAGGGUGUUUAAGGACUUCCUUUCUCCCACCAUUCCUCUCGACCUCACACAGCGCCCACCUCCAGUGCCACGCAUGCCGCCAUCACGGGUACGUGGAGAAUCCCUCCCCACCUAGCUUCUUGUCUGUAGGUUCUCACUUCUGUGGAGUCUAGAUGCAUCCGAAGGGGUAAGGCAGUUCAUCAAAAGUAAUCGCAGGGAAUUCUUAGAACAAAUGCCUUGUACUUAACUGUGCCCAGCAGGCUGGGUGCUUGCGAAGCCCAGAUCAUUUCGAAGACGCUCCGAGUGUAUUUCACAAGGACAACCAGCUUAAGUCUAGCGAUUUGCCAAUGUGUUUACCAAUCUGGGGCUUGUUUUUCUUAUCUUCCUUCCAUCAAUGGCAGUCAAUUGGCUACCUACUAAACAUUGAAGAGGAGGAUUUAUUUAUUGUCACUGGGAAUCUGACCACUAUACUGUCUUUUUUUUUUCUUUUCCUUUUGUAUUCUAGGCUGUUUUUUCGGAAUGGAUUUGGCAUUUGUUAAGUGGAAGUUAGAUUUGUUAUAAUGCCCAUCCCUUAGUCAACAGAGGUUUGUAGCGUUGAAGGGACAUUUGGAGACAUCUGUGUAAAGGAGCCAGUCCCUUAGAAGUAGGGCAGCUGACUGCACAUUUGUGCCUAGGCCUCUCCAGGAAGAACUUGGUGGGUCCCCAUGCCUACAGAUUUCUGUUGGUGCUAAUCUUGUGACAUAUCUUAUGCUUUAAUACAUAAUAACCACAUUGGAUGUGAGUAAUGUUCUGUACAGUCAUUGUUCUAUAUACUAACAUUUAACACUGCUGUGAUUGCUCAAGGACACUUUAUGUUAUAUGGCUUUAAAGCAAAGGCAUGAUGAUUAGACACUAAGCUUUUUUUUUCCUUUGAAAAACAAGCUCCUUCUGCAGACUGGAAGCAGCAGUAGUGCCUGUGGUGUAGCCCACCAAUCUUGAUGACUAAAAGUAGCUGAUGCAUUGUGCAUAUGAUGCUUAAGAUGGUUUCUGCAAAUGCAGAGAUCAUUACAAGGUAAUUACAAUAGAUAAAAAAUGGUAUUUUAAACCUUGGAAAUAAAUGGAUGUGACUGUACCUUGGUACAGCUUCUCACUCGUUUAGUUAUUAAACGUUAGUAUAAUCUGAAUAAAUUUAAUAUAAAAUGUUGCCAAAUCCAAAGUAGAAAGAAAUGUGACAAAACACCUUGGGUAGCUCUGUUUGUGUUUUUGCAUAUUGUAAAAGCAGUGUCACAGCUGAAAAUAAAGAAAUCCUUUCUAAGGGUAAAUUAUUGUGGUUUUAGUUGCUAGUUUGUACUGAGAGUUGACCUCUCCUGUGCAGGUUUUCGUUCUGAACUUGUAUAAAUAACAACACCUGUGUGAUGUGUCUCCCUUCUACAUUGUAACAAUUGCUUCUGCCUACAUUAUAAAUAAAGAACCACUA